AUGAGGCCAGACAAUUUGUUGAGGUCGCAUGGAAAGGAGAAGCUGGGUGACAAGCCUGACUUCGCCAAGGGCUCGUUUUACUUCAAUCCGUUGUCGGAUACUCCAGGCACAGAGGACGACAUGGCCAAAUUUCCCUGGGCGUUGCCCAAGAAUCGAUGGCCCAAGGAGAUCCCUGAGCUGGAGAGGAAAUGCAAGGAUCUGGGCAAGGUGAUGCAAGAGGUCAUUGGAUUCCUCGGGGAGCAGGUUGACCACGUGAUGGCCAGCAAGGUGAAGACCUACACUGCAAACCUCGGAAAGACCCUCCGCGAGACCAACAAGUGCAAGGGCAGACUUCUCUACUACUUUCCUCCUAAGGAGACAGUAGCCCCUGGCGGCAACGAUGUCUCGGAGGAGCAUUCUUUGGGGGCACAACGACUCCGGUUUCAUGACCGGGUUGACGCCGGACCUCUUUGCCGCAUUGCAGCACGGCUCAGAGAUCGAGAAUCCUGA